UCCCUCGCAAUUUAUUUCCCGCUCUGUAAAAACCCUAACCACUUUCUUUUUGAGCUGAGAAGAAGAAGAAGAAAGAAAGAACAAAAAUGGGACAGAAACAGAAGCAGAGUUUGGAAUUGGAUCUCACCGAAACCAAAAAACGACGUCGUGUUGGAUUUUCCGGCACAGAUGCUGGAGUUGAAGCCAAAGACUGCAUCAGAAUCUUUCUUGUGUCAAGCAAAGAAGAGUUCGAUGAUCCUGAGAGUUUUGUAGUCAAUCCUGUUGAUUUGAAUGGCUUUUUUGAUGGCGAAGGGAAGAUUUAUGGUUAUGAGGAUUUGAAGAUUAGCAUCUGGAUUAGCAGCAUAUCUUUUUAUGCAUAUGCUGACAUUACAUUCCGGAGUUCGGCUGAUCGAGGCAAAGGGAUUACAGAACUUAAAGAGGCUCUACAGGCAAUUUUUGCUGAGACUCUUGUUGAUAGCAAAGAUGAAUUCCUUGAAAAAUAUUUGGUGGACAGGAAUUUUCUUAGAACAAACAUCUCAGAUGGGAAGGUUUUGAAGACAAAAGCUUUCAAUCACACUGGUUCGGAUGCUUCAGAUGUUGAGGUUGUUCGUCUGGUGGCAGGCAACAUGGCUACUGGACAACUUUACAGUCAUAUAAUACCACUUACCCUUCUCCUUGUCAACGGUAGCAGUCCCAUUGAUGUAACUGAUUCACAAUGGGAGCUGUAUGUCCUGGUUCAGAAGAAAGCUGACGAGCAGGGAGAGAUUCAAUCUAUGUUGCUUGGAUUUACUGCUGUUUAUCGAUUUUACCACUAUCCUGACGACUCCCGAUUGCGUCUUGGUCAGAUACUGGUAUUGCCUCCUUAUCAGCGCAAGGGCUAUGGUUGUUUCCUUCUGGAAGCACUAUAUGAUUUUGCUAUAUCUGAAAACGUUUUUGACAUCACUAUAGAAGAGCCGUUAGAUGAGCUCCAAAAUCUCCGUUCUUGUGUUGAAACACGUCGCCUGCUUCGUUUUGAACCGAUUCAGCCUUUAGUUGCUAAGGCUGUUUCACUUCUAAAGUCUGGAAGGCUAUCGAAGAAAACACAUAUUCCUCGAGUUUUGCCGCCACCCAGUGCAAUUGAUGAUGUGAGGAAAAAUUUGAAAAUUACCAAGAAACAGUUUCUCCAGUGUUGGGAGGUCUUGAUCUACAUUGGCCUCAUACCUGUUGAUAAGUACAUGGAGAACUUUGUCAACAUUGUUUCGGCACGUUUGAAGUAUGAUAUAUUGGGGAAAGAUUUUGGGACUGCUGGGAAGCAAGUUCUUGAAGUACCGAACGAUGUCGAUGAGGAGAUGUCAUUUGUGAUGAUCAAAUCGGGGGCGGGUGAAGAUAUUACUGCAAUGACAGAGGACAGUGGAACAAACCGAGAAGAGGAACUCGAGAAGUUAGUUCAGCAUAGGGUAAAAGAAAUUCAGUUGAUCGCCAAAAAGCUAACCUCAAAUGUUUGAAGCUCGAUGUAGCUGUUAAUUAAAUCUGUCCUUCACAAGAUGUCAUAGCAUUCUUACUUAUCUAUGACAUUCAGCAUUCCAUGCUUACCAUUGUAGUUUGUUUGGACAAUCACACAAAUGUUUAUCUUGUUAUAUCAUUUUGUUAUAGUAGGCUGGGAAGAAACCGUGUGGUUGUAGCCUUGAGUUGUGAUGAUUGAGAUUAAAUACAGUAAAGUUGAUUGUCGAUAUUCCAUGUCCUUCAAGCCCUAGUUUGGUAGAAUCCAAGAAAUAUAAGGGUUCAAGAUUUUUUUUUUAAUUUUUAAUAAUGUCAUUUAGCUUCAUUAUGAUCUA